AUGGGUUCAGCACCUCCCACCAAAGCCACCGAUGCAGUCCUGGUGGCAUCUGACCCGGUGCCAGAUGGCGUCCAAGAGGUCAGAGGCAUCGAUUGGACCGCAUUACCUGCAGAACAGCGCACUGUCAUCUCAAACUUCGUGCAUCAGAUCACAGGGCAAGGAUUCCAGUCCAGUGCGGUAGGAGACGCCAUUCGCAUCGUCAACGACAUGAGAACAUGGAGAGAUCCAGAGACCGGUGACAAAACAACCAUUUUUCUCGGUUACACAUCCAAUAUGAUAUCGUCGGGGUUGCGCGAGACUUUCCGCUGGCUUGUACAGCACCGCCACGUGUCGGCUAUUGUUACGACGGCGGGCGGGAUUGAGGAAGACUUCAUCAAAUGCCUGGCACCGACAUAUCUAGGGUCUUUCUCGACGCCGGGGGCUGUGUUACGGGCCAAAGGACUCAAUCGCAUUGGAAACCUGGUAGUUCCGAAUAACAACUACUGUGCGUUCGAGGACUGGGUGGUACCUAUCUUGGACCAAAUGCUACAGGAGCAGGAGGAUGAAUUUGCACGUAGUGGACAGCGCUUCAUGUGGUCCCCCAGCAGGAUCAUCCACCGACUUGGCAAAGAAAUCAACAAUGAAUCGUCAGUCUACUACUGGGCGUACCGAAACGACAUCCCAGUAUUUUGUCCAGCGUUGACUGAUGGGAGUCUCGGCGACAUGAUCUACUUUCAUUCGUUCAAAGCAUCUCCACUCCAACUUGGAGUCGAUAUUGCUCAGGAUAUUCGCAAGAUCAACACCAUCGCGGUUCGGGCUAAGCGGGCGGGAAUGAUCAUCCUAGGUGGUGGCGUUGUCAAACAUCAUAUUGCUAAUGCGUGCCUGAUGCGGAAUGGUGCCGAAAGUGCGGUGUACAUUAACACAGGACAAGAGUUCGAUGGCAGUGAUGCUGGGGCCCGGCCAGAUGAAGCUGUGAGUUGGGGCAAGAUCAGAACUGACGGCGACAGUGUCAAGGUUUAUGUCGAGGCCACAGUCGCUUUUCCGCUGAUCGUCGCUGGGACAUUUGCUCAGCCGGAAUCUUGA